CGGAAGUGCGCCGCGCAGCAGUUUCCGGCGGCCGGGGUUUGUGACGGUUGAGCGCGGGGCGGACGAGGCCGAGCGUGGAGACGGUUCGAGGUCCCCGAGCCAUGGUGGGCACGGCGGCGCGCACGCCGGGGUACAGCCGCUAACUCAGCUUAACUCAGAGGGCCGCGGGACGGAGGCACCAUGAAGAAGCAGUUCAACCGAAUGCGGCAGCUGGCCAACCAGACCGUGGGCAGAGCUGAGAAGACUGAGGUACUUAGCGAUGACCUGCUGCAGAUUGAGAAGCGGAUGGAUACAAUCAGAAUUAUUUCUCAUACUAUUCAUAAAAGACUGGCUGCGUGUUUGCAAGUUCAACAGGGCACCGACGUGGACAAACGAUGUAAAAAGUUGCCACUUAUGGCUCUAUCCCAAAGCAUGCAAGAAGGACUCGGCUACUUGGGCGAUGACUCUCUCAUUAUGAAAUUGCUGGAAACAUGUGGUGAAGCAGAGAAUAAACUGGCAUUUGAACUUGCUAAUUUUGAAUUUCAAAUUGAGAAGGAUAUCCUUGAUCCAUUCAGCAAUUUAGCAGAGAUGGAGAUUCCUAACAUUCAGAAGCAGAGGAAACAGUUGGCUAAACUUGUACUUGACUGGGAUUCAGCAAAAAUGCGGUAUAACCAAGCACACAAAGCCGCGUUUUCAGGAGCCAAUUUUCAGGCAGUAGCAGCAAAGAUGGACUCCCUCAGGGAGGAAAUGGAUGAAGCUGGAAAUAAAGUGGAACUCUGUAAAGAUCAACUUGCAGCUGAUAUGUACAACUUUAUUUCCAAAGAAGGUGAUUAUGCAAGAUAUUUUGUAACGUUACUGGAAGCACAAGCAGAUUACCAUAGAAAAUCACUAACAGUCUUAGAUCGAGUUCUUCCAAUGAUCCAAAACCAACAAGAUACAUGGACAGAGAAGCCUGCAUUUGGAACGGAAUUGGAAGAACACCUGAAGCGUAGUGGCCGUGAGAUAGCUCUCCCGAUUGAGGCUUGUGUAAUGAUGCUGUUAGAAACUGGUAUGAAAGAGGAGGGCCUUUUCCGGAUUGCUCCUGGAGCCUCCAAACUGAAAAAACUAAAAGCUGCACUGGAUUGCUCUACUUCCCAGCUUGAGGAAUUUUAUUCUGACCCACAUGCAGUUGCAGGUGCCUUAAAAUCAUAUCUGAGAGAACUUCCCGAACCUUUAUUGACAUUCCAGCUCUACGAUGAGUGGGUCCAGGCUGCGAGUGUGCCAGAAACAGACAAGAAACUGCAAGCCCUCUGGUUAAUCUGCAGCAAAAUGCCAAAGUCCCACAGUUCUAACUUCAGGUAUCUUAUAAAAUUUCUCUCAAAACUUGCACAAUAUAGUGAGAUGAACAAAAUGACUCCCACCAACAUUGCAAUUGUGCUGGGACCCAACCUACUAUGGGCUAAAAACGAAGGGAUUCCUGCAGACCUGGCUGCAGCUACCUCUGUCCAUGUGGUUACAAUCAUUGAUCCGAUUAUCCAGCAUGCUGACUGGUUCUUCCCAGAUGACUUGGAUUUCAACGUGUCAGGCAUGUUUACUCCAAUGACUCCUGCCAAUCAAUUUAAUAACCUACCUAUGUUUGGUGGUGACACUGACAGUAACACACUGGAGAGGAAAAGGCCUAUCAGUGUGACAGCUGUUGAGGAUUUAUCAAAAAAAGAAAGCCUUGGUGUAAAGAUUAUUGACCCUCAGUUGAAUCCUCGCAGAGCUGGCACUCUGUCCAGGAAGCACACAUCCCCAACUGUCCAGCCGCCUCCCCCUCCUAUCGAGGCUGUACCUAUCAUUGAGCAGCAGCAACCCGGCUUGGGCUUUGACCCUUGCCCAGCCACUGCGCUAUCUUCUGCUAGUGUGACAGAGCCUCAGACUCAGGAAGCUGACGAAAACAGUUUUUCAAAGUCCAAAGAUCCUGCUAGCACCUUGUCACCUUUGAAGAAUGGUGCCAGCAUAGCCAGUACAGGCCAGAAUCCAUCACAGCCAACUGGCACAGGAGCUGGUCAGCUCUCUGUUGCUCCAGGGCCAGUUACAUCUGGUCCUAGCCCACAUGUAAUCAGAAGAGCAACGAAGAAGCCUGCUCCUGCUCCUCCAAAGCCUUCAAAUCCACCACCUGGACAGCCUGCGGCUCAUGGAACAGGUCCGCCUGUUAACCAAGCCUCUUCACAUUCACCAAAACAGCCUGGCCAAGUUGCCUGUACAUCUCCAAUUCCGCCUGGAAACCAUAGUCCUCUACAGUCCCAUGGCCAGUCGCCUUCGCAACCCACAACCCACGUUCGCAGACAUUCUAAUAAUCAGAUGAUUAUUCAGGCCCCAAAUCAUCCCCCUCCUCAACCUCCAGCGCAGCCUACUAAUCCAUAUCCCUGCAAGGCUUCUUGUGAGCAAGCAGUGGAUCAGUCCUCCAGCAGUCCCCCUGGCACACCCACUCCCCCAAGCACACCUCCAUUAGGGACACAUGGUGCCGGUUUCCAGCUAACUCAGCACUUUACACAAGCCCAGGGUUUUCCUGCAAAUCAGGACCUACAGUCCCAGCCUUCUCCUCAUUUUGCCACCUUACCAAGGGCACGGCCGGUGCCAAAACCAAGAAACCGACCCAAUGUUCCACCACCUCCGCAGCCACCAGUAACAGCCACCACAGCAAGCUCUUCCAUUCCUGCAGAGCACACGGUUUCUAACAUGGCUGCUACAGCUUCAAAAAUAGUUACUGGUUUGGGAGAAGACUCUGCAGUGAGAUUCCGAUUCAACUGUGAAAGAGCAGGACUGGAAACACUCUGAAUCACCCCUGGAGCAGAUGUCUGCCCCAGAGAUCGUGGAAAUGAGAAUAUGUGAACAGCAGGAUGUCGAUAAUGACACGGAGAGCACUGCUUUGUGAAAGGUCGCCAGUCUGCAACAUUUGCACCACUAUACUGUAUUCUUCAAGGCUUCAUCUGCUGCUGUCUUAAUUUUGCUGCAUCUCCAAAGUGCAACUUUCAGCAAAGUAAACUUUGUUUUUCCUCAACUAGACAUGCUCAUAUUGCAUGGAAUCUAAUUACAAGGGCUCAUCAAUACCACUAAUGUGGACUCUGUACUGCUCCAAACCCUUGGUAUUCAGGAGAUGGCUCUGACAGAUAUUGUCUCUUUGUGGAAAACCUAGGUUGCAUGAAAAGCAAUUGCCCUACGGGAUUUUGACUCUGGAUGAAUAGCCACUCAUAGGUUGAAGUUGUAUUAACAGUGCCUUGUGCAAUUUUCAAGUUUCCAGAUGGAAAUUUACAGUGGUCUUAUAUUUUUCUUUUUAAAAAUUGUACUUUAAGCAAUGUCCAGAUUUUGUACAAGAUUAUUAUUGUGUUGAGUUUGACAUACACAUGUGAAUGGUACUGUGCUGAAAUUUAGUCUGCUCAAUCUGUACAUUUGUAUUUAUCCUGAAUGCAGAUUGCUGGUAAGAUUAAUGUAAAACCAACCAUACUAGGUUGGUGUUCACCUUGAAGCUUUUUCCUCUCUUUAACAUGAAGUGCACUUCCUGCCUUAAAAGUCUUGUUUUGCAUUCAAGGCAAUUUUAUAUCUGAUUAAAACUGAACAAAUAAUUAAGCUUAAUAUUGUUUUCACCAGUUUGAAAAUUUGUUUUGAAUUAGAAACCUGUGCAGUCUGGAAAAUGCACAUGUUGAAAUUCUGUAUUAAAAAAGAAAUAAAAUAAACCACUAAGCUGGUUGCUUGUGGACAUGGUC